AUGUCCCUGGCUUCGAGGCUUAUGGCGAUGUCGCGCCCGCGGCUCGGAAUGCUGCAGCUGUGGUGCAAGGACUCCAAGUGCGCGAAGGAGAAAGUCACCUGGUCUCAGUUCUUCGACUCCGAGUACUUUUGGACAAAGGCGAAUGUGGGUCCCUUCUUCCUCGUUCUCUUCACCUCGCCCUUCUGGUACCAAGGACUGAAGACCAUGUACGCCUCCUGCCGGUACCGCAAGCUCAAUGAGAGGGAGAUCAUUUCGGACCGCUACACAUGGCUUCAUGAACGCAUGCUGGAGGACGAAGUCGAGCGCGCGCUUCUUCAGCACGUCCCCGCGGGGGGCUUCGACAAGAGCCGACCUGGACUCAUUCUGGGACCUUCUGCGCUUUGA